CAGCUUACGACACUCAGUGAACACUAGGUGCCUCUGCAUGCUCUACCAACAUACUGCUCGGCUGAAGGGAAGGGAUUCUUGCUGUCUCUCUGCUCUAAGCAUCACCUAACAAGCAAAGCGAACAAAGAAUGGGAAAUAAAGCUACCCCUAGCCGGUCAGUGAAUGCAUGGUAAUCUCUCUAUGGAGUAAAGGUUGUGCCGGUCAAUGGUCGUUGCAAAUGAUGGACAUUAAACAGAUUGCCAAAUCCUGUGGAGUCGUUAGUAAAGAGUUUGGAGUUUUUUUCACGCCACAGUGUUAACUGCAGAGAAAAGGACAGAGGGAGAAGGAGAAGAUCAAGCUCAUGUACAUAGUUCUGAAACUUGCAGGUCCUAGGAGUCAGCUAAAAAGCUAGCUGGACAAGCCUUGAGCUCUUUGAGCAGAAGCGAAGUGAGACAUUGUGAGCUUGCCAGCCUUGCACAGCACUGAAAGGGACUGAAUUUGUAGCACAGAGGGGUCUUUUUUAGCUCUGCAUAUAAUUAGUCCAAACACAAAGGAAGCAACUGAAUGGAGGUUGUCACUCUCUGGAAAAGGGUGGGUAAGACACUUUUUAAUUAAAUUCUUUCAUGAAGAAAGAUUUUUUUCUUUGCUGCAGCCUUUAACAUGAACAAAAUCACUAUCAUUUUACCUUUGAAUGUCUGUGAACUUUAAUGCUGCACAGCUCCUGCAUGCUGUAAAGUGAAAUAUUUGGCUCUGUGUUUGUUGUUUGCUGUUCUGCUUUGGUUUUGGCUUUUUUGGUUGUUUAUUUUUUAUUUUUUUUUUAUUUUCCCUUAAAUAAAAUAUGAUGUAGAAUUUGAAAAGAUUCAAUGGACAUUCUCGAGCAUAUUUGGAAAUAUUCUUGCUAAUGGAUUUCCUUCUUAUCGGUCUCUGUUUAAACUGGCUACUGAGGAAGCCCCCGGGGUUGAUAUUGUGUACGCUGGGUAUCUUUUCUAAAAUGCUUCCAGCCGUGAAUAGUGGGUGUCCACAGCUAUGUCGGUGUGAGGGCAGGCUUUUGUACUGUGAAUCACUGAAUCUCACAGAGAUGCCUCGCAACCUGUCGGGCAUGAUGGGCUUGUCUCUGCGGUACAACAGCCUUUCAGAGCUGCAUGACGGACAGUUCACAGGGUUAAUGCAGCUCACGUGGCUCUAUCUGGAUCACAAUCACAUUUGCUCAGUGGAGGGGAAUGCCUUUCAAAAAUUGCGGCGAGUGAAAGAGCUCACCCUGAGUUCCAACAAAAUAACCCAACUGCCCAACACCACGUUCCGACCCAUGCCAAACUUGCGCAGUGUGGAUUUAUCGUACAACAACAUCCAGGCGCUGGAGCCCGACCUGUUUCAUGGGCUGAGAAAACUCACGACGUUGCACAUGCGGUCGAACGCCAUCAAGUUUGUGCCGGUGAGAAUUUUUCAGGACUGUCGCAGCCUGAAGUUUCUAGACAUAGGAUACAAUCAGUUAAAGAGCCUGGCUCGAAACUCUUUUGCAGGCUUGUUCAAGCUCACCGAGCUGCACCUCGAGCACAAUGACUUGGUGAAAGUGAAUUUAGCCCACUUUCCCAGGCUCAUCUCCCUGCACUCGCUCUGCUUGCGGCGGAAUAAAGUUACCAUCGUCGUCAACACUUUGGACUGGAUAUGGCAACUGGAAAAGCUGGAUCUCUCCGGCAACGAAAUCGAGUACAUCGAACCCCACGUCUUCGAAAGCGUGCCUCACCUCAAGUCCCUGCAGCUGGACUCCAACCGGCUGACCUACAUCGACUCCCGCAUCCUGGACUCCUGGAAGUCCCUCACUAGCAUCAGCCUCUCCGCCAACACCUGGGACUGCGGCCGCAACGUCUGCGCCCUGGCCUCCUGGCUGAGCAACUUCAAGGGCCGCUACGACAGCAACCUGCUCUGUGCCACCCCCGAGUACGCGCAGGGCGAGGACGUUUUGGAUGCCGUGUACGCUUUCCACUUAUGCGAGGACGCGGCGGACCCCACGAGCGUCAACACCCUCUCCCCCGUCACCAACAACAGCGACCAAAUGUUUGGCUACGGCUCGGCCACCGCCACGUCCAACGUGCCGGAUGCCGACGAGGAGCCGACGACGUACGCCAUCACCGUGACGCUGCCCGGCGAGAGCGCCGAGAACGCCGUGCAGAUUCACAAGGUGGUGACGGGGACCAUGGCGCUGAUUUUCAGCUUCCUCAUCGUGGUUUUAGUGUUGUACGUCUCCUGGAAGUGCUUUCCUGCCAGCAUCAGGCAGCUAAGACAGUGCUUUGUGACACAGCGCAGGAAGCAGAAGCAGAAACAGACCAUGCAUCAAAUGGCUGCCAUGUCAGCCCAGGAGUAUUACGUUGAUUACAAACCCAACCACAUCGAGGGAGCCCUGGUGAUCAUUAACGAGUACGGAUCUUGCUCCUGUCACCAGCAGCCAGCGAGGGAGUGCGAGGUGUGAUUUGCCUUGGGGAUUUAAACAGUGUGCAACCAAAUAGCAGCGUGCAGGCAGAGAGCAGAGCGGGGGGUUUGCUGGGCUUUGCUGAGGAUUUCACAGGCACUCCUCUGCCAAAAUCGCAGGAGGAGCUGCCGGCAGGACUUGAUAUUUUAGCUUUAUCGUGUCUUAAAAUCUUCAGGACAGCCAAUUAAGAUUUCCUAUGCUAAUACUCCCUUUGAAGAUCUGUCAAUAUUCAGGAAACUGAGAGUGUAAAAAGGUACCGAUUAUUGAUCUUUUGUAAACUAAGGAAAAUGUUUAAAAUAAAAAAAAAUAGCAUUUACAGUUUUUACAGACUGGUGUAUAUUACAUGAAUUGUUCCCUGUAUACAAAAUGCAACAGUUUAACCUCUUUUCUCUUCAUUCUGAGUGUUGAAAUGAAAGUCUGGGAGCAACGAAGCCACGUUAAAAAUAGACAGAUGAAAAUUAACCCAAUGGCUUCCCAUUGUAAUUAUUACACAUUCACGUACAUCAUGUUACUGGCGGUAUGAAGCAUGACACUGGAACUCUAUUUUUGUUAAUGUGCUACCUGUAACUGGAUGUCAGCACAGCAAGGAGCUGGUGCACCUCAGAAAGGCUCAAGUUUUGCUGAUGUCCCUGGGACAGGAUUUCUGAGGCUUUUUAAGCACAGCUCCCUUGUUAAGUUGCUGUAAGAUCCCUAAAAAAACUGCAUCGUAACCCCUAAAAGUACUUUGUAUCACAACUGAUCAUAUUGCAGAGUCUCUCUGAAAAAAAAAACAAAAACAAAAACAAAAACAAAUGACAAAACCCAAAUAACUGAAACACUGCCAAAAAAGUGCUAGUCAUCAUUUUCUUUAAGACAAAAAAAAAAAAAAAAAGAGAAAAAAAAACUAAAUUGAAGGGCUUUUACUAGCAUUUCCCACUUUUAUGCUUGUUCUAAGACAUGCCAAGAGCAGAGAAACCCUCGCUUUGUGCACUGUAGAGCCACAGUGAGAGGAGGAGAGCAGAAGCGGCUCAGUCCUCAGUGGUGCAACCUGUGUGUGCCGGGCGUGCAAAACCUCGGCUGUCACGCUGCAAGGGGGACAGAGCCAUCCUGGCACACUUCUGGGCUCUCGAGCAAAGCCACCCCGCGCCCCUCACUGCCAUCACCAGCCUCCACUAAACAAAACCACCCCGAAACCUCUGCAGAGGCUGAGAGCAUAGGCACCCUCCCUCCUAAUGACCGAAAGAUGGAAUUCAUGGUUACGAGCAGUCAUUUGGUAAUGUAGAAUCACACGGCUGUUUUAUUCUGAUUGCCCUUAAAUAAAGGCUUCCUUUCCUC